AUGGAUCGCAGCAUCGACCGUCGUCUCUGCGGACACUGCCACCAGUCCAUCGGCAGCGAGGCGCUCGUCGCGAUGAACCGUCUCUGGCACCCGGACCAUUUCACGUGCUCCUCCUGCAAACGCCCCAUCAAGCAGACCUUCCAGGCAAGUCUCGACUUCUUCUGAUGACGUGACAGCCACGUGUUCAGGCGGCCGACAACCACGCGUACUGCGUGCAGUGCUUUGCGCAAAAGUACAACCCGAAGUGCGCCGGAUGCAUGGAGACGCUCGUCGACACGUGUCUUCUGGCGCUCGACCGUCACUGGCAUCCGCGCUGCUUCACGUGCUCCUCGUGCAACCGUCCGUUGCCCAACGGCGAGUUCUACCUCGUCGACGAUAAGCCCUACGAUCUCGACUGCCACUGGGCGAAGCGUCUCGAGAAGAGAGAGCACAUGGAGCGUGGAGAGCGCUGA